UCCUCAUGGACCUCCUCAUGGACCGCCUCAUGGACCUCCCCCUCAUGGGCCUCCUCAUCAUGAACCCCCUCAUCAUGAACCCCCUCAUUUUCACCAACCGCCUCCACCUCCGCCUCACGAGUUCUACGAAGAGCAACCACCACACGCCCACUCACCACCGAGUUAUCAAAUUCUAGAGGAUGACAUGACUCAGGAGAACCUUAGAUUAAGUACUGGACCAAAUAAUGACAUGCGGCCGACCGAGAAGUUUGGCGAUGAUAAACCCGAACCGCCGCCAAUGCCGAACCACCAUAACCGACCGCCACCCCCAGGUUUUAGACCACAUGAAGGGAAGCCUCCGCAUCCACACCACGAUCCUCAUUUUGAACACCGUGGUCCACCUCCUCCACCGGUCGUUCACAUCGUGGUUACAGUUAUCCUGCUUACCCUACUCAUUAGCACUGUUUAUACGCGCUGUUUUGCCGCAUCUCGCAAGAGUCAGCGUAUUUUCUGCGCCGGACGACGCCAAACCCGAGAAGCUCGUCGCCAGUGUCGCCGUAAUGCCUCGGCCAACAGACGUGCGGCUAUUGGAACCAGGAUAGUUGGGUGGCUAAGUGAAAGUGUAAGACGUCAAGAGAUUGAGGAAAAGGAAAAGGAGGCCGUCAUGAGACAACUGCAUAGAUCUGAAAACGAAGAUGAGGAUAACCUUUCUACGACAAUGGAACAGGAGAUUGCGCAAUUCCGUGCAGCUGCCAGCGUCGUGGGCGAUUUAGUUGCAGCAGAAGAGGGCCGUUCUCGUGAAUAUGUCCACGGGAGACAACAGCACAUAAUUCCGACGCCUCCUUGCCCAACUUCGGCUUUCCCAGAUUAUGCAUAUCUUGACGAGGAGCUUCCAGCCUACGACGAGGGGUCAAACGAUUCACGCUUCGUUGCUGAUGGGUUUAGAUAUACUCCUGGGUGUCCGUAUUACACACCAAACGGGUCGUCGACGACGGGAUCAUCGCUUGAUGAGCAUCUGGGAAGAAAGGAUUAAGGGAAUAAUACGGUAUUUAGUGAAUCCGGGGUGACAAGCCUUAACAGGUAUAUUUACUAUGUUUGUAUCAAUAAGGAGUUGGACAGUCGUGUCACAUUGCAUGGUGAGAUACAACGACUUCUCGCCUGGGUUUUUGAAUUUUGGAUGAUGAAUAUUGACACAAGAAUAUGAAGCAUAGGCAAUCUCUUUUGUUUACAUUUGUUACCAAGGUGUAGAUGUGGAUUGUUUCCGAAUGUUCGUCGUGUACUUUUGCUACUUACCAGUAUUGUCAAUUGUCAAUUACUAAUUGCUAGGGUAGAUAAUAUAAUGGGGGAACACUUUAAGA